GCCGCCACCUGAGCCCCCCUCGGCGCGGCGGGCGCGGGGAUCGGCGGGCGCGGGCGGGGCGGCCCCUGCUCUCCGCGGGGGCGGCUUCCCUCGGCAGCGAAGUUUCCCCGACUUGUGCCGAGAGAGGCAGGUCCCGGUGGCGGGGCGGGGGGGGGGGGGGGGGCAUCGCGGCGGAGGAGGAGCGGAUCGGCGCGGCCCCGGCCGCCGCGGGCGGCGUGUGCGGGGGCGGGGCGUGGAAGAGAGGUGGGCGAGCAGCGAUGACCUUUGCGAGGAGCCCGCGCGGGAGUGGGCCAGAGGCAGAGCGAGCGGCAGCGGGGGAGGAUGGUUGCUGAGCCCCGGAGGAGAGCCGCCCCGUAAUGUCACCAUGAUGUCUCAUGUAAGUGAAAUGUGGUGCUAUCACUGGAAAUGGAAGCUGCAGCACUGUCUCUGCUUGUUUACCACAUAUAUUAUAUAUAUGCAGCAAGCAGCUCACGGAUGCUACGACUGUAGGAUUGUGCUAACUGACCCCUCUGGAGUUUUCACUUCUCCGUGCUUCCCCAGUGAUUAUCCCAACAGCCAAGCGUGCAAGUGGAUCAUCCGAGCACCUCAUGGAUUCAUCAUACAGCUAACAUUUAUCGAUUUUGACAUUGAAGAAGCUCCAGGCUGUAUUUAUGAUUCGCUGACAUUAGACAAUGGAGAAAGCCCAAUGAACCUUUGUGGCAUCACUGCCAAAGGAUUAUCCUAUAACUCUACUGGCAAUGAAAUGAUCGUGUCAUUUAAAAGCGACUUCAGUAUCCAAAAGAAAGGUUUUAAUGCCAGCUAUGUACGAAUCGCCGUGUCUCUGAGGAAUCAGAAAGUCAUCAUUCCCCAGGUUCCCGACGCCGAUGCUGUGUCCGUGGCAGAGACUGUCUCAGUGCCAGAGCUUAGCCAGUUUACACUGUGCUUUGAAGCAACCAAGGGCAGCAGCGAUGACAAUGACGACUGGAAGGUUUUCUCCUACACCGAUGCAUUGUCAACAGAAUUCUUCAGCUUCGGGAAGACCACAAAAGGCCAUUUUCUGUCCUUUUCAGGCACACAGUGCAUCCUUGAGAAUGCAUUGCCCCGAAAUGCAGAGUUUUUCACGGGAACCUUUCAACAGCUCUGUGUCGUAGUGGAUAGCUUCUCGGGCAGUGUCGGUAUAUAUGCCAAAAGCACCUAUCAUAUAGUGUACUGUCCGGGUAUCUUUGACAAAGUUAUCCCUGGAAACGGGAGGCUGGUGCUGGGCUCUAACAGCAAUGAAGUGAGCUCUCUAAAUGGGGACAUUUACAACUUCCGCCUCUGGAAUUUCACCAUGAAUGCGCAAACACUGGCCAACCUCAGCUGUGAUGUGAAAGGAAACAUUGUAGACUGGGAAAAUGAAUUCUGGAGUAUUCCAACUUCAGCACUGAAAGCAGAAAACAAUUUGAGUUGUGGCUCAUACCUAAUUCCCUCUUCUGCAAUUGAACCAACCAGUUGUGCAAACCUGGGAAGCCUUUGCCAAGCUACUGUAAAUGCUACUACUCCUACACCACCCACUGUUACCACUAACAUGCCUGAUACUAAUAGAAACGAUAAGCCAAACAAUGGUGGGCUAUUCUACAGGAUAUCUAUAACUGUCUUUAGUUCCAACUCCAACUCAGUGUCGAAAGUACAUGAUGUGGUUGCAGAAUGGCUAAACCGUACUUUCCAGAACUGGAAUUAUACUGUUUAUGUGGUCAAUAUCAGCAUCCACCCUGGCUCCAUGAAAGAGGGAGUAAGAGAAAAAAGAAGUAUUAAAAGUUUUGGGGUUUUGGCUCUUCUGGUUUAUAAUUCUACCAACAACAUCAAUUUAGAAGAGGAAGACAUCCGACAGAAGCUCAUAAAUAAUAAUGGGACCAUAGAAGGAGGAUACAAGCUUCAUAGUGUGGAAGUUGAUCCAGUGGAAAAAUGUUUAGCUGAAGAAAACCCUCCAAACUAUUUUUGGCCAGACACCAGACCAACUGUGACCAACUUCACAUUAUGCCAUGGGAGCUCAGUUCAGACUGCAUCAAGAACCUGCUAUUUGGGUCUGCAGAAUUAUACAUCAUACUGGGGCCAGCCUGAUCUUAGAAAUUGCACAGAAAACGCAGCUGAUAUAGCCAAUCAGCUUCUGAAUCUCACUGGUGAAGGGCAGCAGCUAACCUCAGACAAAGUAAAUGAUGUUGUGCAGAAGCUCAAAAAAAUUGUGAAUGAUGAAGAAAUUGAUGAAUCUCUGGGUUCUACCGUGGUCACAAUUUUUUCCAAUAUUCUAACCAGUUCAGACAGUGUAUUGGCAGCAUCAUCUUCAGAAGCUCUAAAAACUAUCGAUGCCUUGGCUUUAAAGAUCCAGUUCACUGGACCAUCCAUGAGUAUUUCAACACGAAACCUCGCACUUGGAGUGUCUUCUAUAAACUCAACUUCAUUCAGAGGUGGUUCUUUCAGUGUCAGUCCACAGAAUAAUGCAUCCGAUUUCCAGAUAGAUUUUGACAAGGAUCAGACAAAUGCCUUCGCUUCUGUCGUUCUGCCACCAAGUUUAUUGAAGAAUUUAAGUCAAGAUGAGUUUGAAGUUAUAUCCAGAGCUCAAUUUACUUUCUUCAAUAAAAAUGGUCUUUUUCAGGAUGCAGAAAAUCCUGCCAAUUUGACCAGUUUUGUGGUGGCAUGCAGUAUUGGAAACAUAACCAUCCAGGAUCUUCAGGAUUAUGUGAAGGUUACAAUUAGGCACACCAAAAUUCAGGAAGAUCCUAAGCCUACCUGUGUCUUCUGGGAUAUGAACAAAAAUGGUGGCAGUGGUGGCUGGAACCCUGCGGGCUGCCAAGUGCACACAGAGUCCAAUGAAAAUGAGACAGUUUGCUUAUGCAACCACCUCACGCACUUCGGGGUCCUAAUGGACCUUCAGAGAACCGUUACACAAAUAGACCCACAGAAUACCAAGGUCCUCACCUUUAUCUCUUACAUAGGCUGUGGGAUAUCUGCUAUAUUUUCAGCUGCAACUCUUCUGACAUAUAUUGCAUUUGAGAAGCUGCGAAGAGAUUAUCCAUCCAAAAUCCUGAUGAAUUUGAGCACAGCCCUGCUCUUUCUUAACCUCAUCUUCUUGCUUGAUGGUUGGAUUGCAUCGUUUGACAUAGGUGGCCUCUGCAUAGCUGUAGCUGCACUUUUGCACUUUUUUCUUCUGGCCACCUUUACAUGGAUGGGACUAGAAGCUGUUCAUAUGUACAUUGCUCUAGUGAAAGUGUUCAACACGUAUAUACGGCGAUACAUACUGAAGUUUUGCAUCAUUGGCUGGGGUUUGCCAGCUCUGGUGAUAGCAAUUGUUUUAGCGAGUGCUAAUACAAAUGCAAGUCAUGUUUAUGGCAAAGAGUUAUACGGCAAAGAUGCUACCGGGCAAGGAGGAGACGACUUCUGCUGGAUCAAGAAUGAAGUCGUUUUUUAUGUGACUUGUGCCGGCUACUUCGGAAUCAUGUUUCUGAUGAAUGUUGCCAUGUUUAUUGUGGUGAUGGUGCAGAUCUGUGGGAGGAAUGGGAAAAGAACUAAUCGGAGCCUGAAGGAAGAGAUCCUGAGGAACCUCCGUAGUGUUGUCAGCCUGACCUUCCUCCUGGGCAUGACAUGGGGCUUUGCCUUUUUUGCCUGGGGUCCCUUAACUCUUCCUUUCCUGUACCUCUUCUCAAUUUUCAAUUCAUUGCAAGGUUUAUUUAUAUUUGUAUUCCAUUGCGCUAUGAAAGAAAACGUGCAGAAACAAUGGAGGAGACAUCUCUGUUGUGGCAGAUUCCGACUGGCAGACAAUUCAGAUUGGAGCAAAACAGCAACCAAUAUUAUAAAGAAGAGUUCUGAUAAUCUUGGGAAAUCCUUAUCCUCUAGUUCCAUCGGCUCCAAUUCAACCUACUUAACAUCCAAAUCAAAAUCGACAACGAAUACAUAUUGCAAACGAAACAGCCAUACAGAGAAUGUUUUUCUUGACAAGCCAUCUUCAAAAUUUGCCCAAGAGGAUGGAGAACAGACAUCAAUCAUCCCUGUCCACCAGGUUAUUGACAAGGUCAAGGGAUACUGCAAUCCUCACUCCGAUAACUUCUAUAAAAACAUCAUCAUGUCUGACUCAUUUAGUCACAGCACAAAGUUCUAACUGGCUUCUGAAUUUUUUAAACCAAAGGAAGACAAAAAGGCUGCCUGGAAUUGAGAGUACUGGAUGUCGUAGAAUGUGACUUGUUUAGGUUUUUUUUUUUUCCCCGUUUAUAAUGUUCUCCUGUUAACAGCUUCCACUCAAGGACCAAUGUCUCUACCUUUUUACUGUUGUGGAAAAAGACAAUUUUCCACCAUGGUAUUGAGCUGUUUCUAAAUGUGUGCCAGCCAACAUGAUGCUUGGACAGCUAAUUGUAAUCCUGUGUAAAUAUUUUUUAAGACUGAAGAACCACAAGCCUAACUCUAAAUUAUAUAGUUCAAACAGAAGCAAGCCUUGACUCCUUGAGAAAACAGCAGACAUGUCAUGCAGUACAGGCAAGGUCUUAUUGAACAGUCUACUUAUGGUCUUUUUCUUUUGAAAAAUAUGGAUUUUCCCUAUGACACUUGUUAGAUUCUUGCUUCUUGACUGUCUAGUGCUGUCUGUUCUUUUUUAGUAAGUGAAUAAAACCCUAACACCCACAUUAAAGGGUUAUUUUAAACCAUUUUUUACUAAAUCAUGCAAAUCUUGCUUACCAGAACAGUAUGUGCUGUAAACUCAGGCUAUUUUGUAUCCAUGUACAUAGAAACACACUUAUUACAUAGAUGUGCUGGCUGAGAAGGGCGUGCAGGUUGCUAGUAAUGCUUGCAAAUUUUAAAUCCAUUGAUACGUAUGGAAACAGACAGUUGUACCUAUCAUUUGCGUCUGUGCAGAACAAGUACACAGGUAAACCCAAAGUUUACACAAAGUCACGUUUCAACAUUUAUUGAUUGGUAUGUAUGAAAUGCAGCAUCUCCCAUCGCAAUUCUAUGUUUACUGUUCUUUUUCACUAAACAAAAUAGAAGACAUUCAACUAUAUGUAGACUUAUAAAUAUAUACCUAGAUCUCUCUCCACACAUAUUUUUAUAAUAACGCACACAGUAAAUAUGACAGAGGAAACCACAAUGUGUACCACAGACAAUCUAAGAACAAUGAACGGUGCUAAAACUCAAGUUUAAGUAUUUAAAUACAAGAUGAAUACUUUGUAAACCCAUGGGUUCAUUUGUCAGUCUCUGUACUUCAGAAAUACUGUAUGUAUAGACACCUCCAUCAGAUGGCAUCGCAACAUUAGAAUAACCUGGAAUAUGUUUACCAGUAAUAAAUAAAUAACAUCUUUCUGGGCACAUAACGUUAUCAGUAUCAGUAUCCCUCUCCUGCCCCGCUCUUGGUUGACUUGAUUGAGGCUGUUGGAGGCACAGAAUUUAAACAGUGUUCAGGCAACAUUAAGGCUUUUUGCAUUGCUAUACUAUGUGCAUAACGACACAGAGCUGUGUGUGUGCAGAGAACAGACAAGAGCAUAAAAUACUUACUUGUUUUAAUCUCUAUAAAUGUGUGACACAUGAGCAUGUGGCCAUGACUGCCAAAAGCGCAUCUCUUCAUGAUGCAUGUUUUGCCCAAUGACAGGUUUUAUAACAAUUGUAACUGCACAUGUCACUGAAGGCAUGGGCCAAAAUAUCAAAGGUAUUUUCAAAUACUGUUUUCAGAGGAGAAUGUCUCCUAAUGGAAAUUUUCAUUUUAAAAAAGCUUUUUUUUUUUUUUAACCAAAAUAUUUUUAGCCAAAUAUUUAAUUAAUUGUAUUCAGAAGGUGACCAGAAAGUUAUGCUGAGAUUUUUCAGUUGCCAAGCAGGUGGAUGUUCAGUGAUUAGGGAUGUGGAUUUGUGCCUUUCUUUGCACUCUGCACACACUUUUGUGUGCAGAGGUCAUUUAAUGCUGUGACCGCACAAAUGGCGUAUUUUCCCUGGCUGCAAACACCUGGUGGGAGGAGGAUGUCCUGACGGUAUUCCGUCCAGAAACACUGCUGUUGCUACACGGACCUUAAUGAAACCUCAGUCUCAUAACUGCAAAUACUUACAUGGUGGUAUGAAUGAAAGUCAACCCAGUUCACUUAAAAUGUAAUUAUGAACAGGAAUGAGUGUUGUCAGGUAUCUUUAAUAAGGGAAAUCAUUUAGGGAGAGAUUAUGUACAAGCAUUUGCUGAACUUAGAUUUUAUCAUCCCACUUGCUUAACUACUGUAGAUAAUAGUGUUCACACAGCAGCUUACUGUGAGAUUUCUACCUGACUAAGGUGUUCAGAAGUGAAGAGAAGGAAAAACAAACAUUCCUGAAAAAAUGAGGAAUCAAUAAAACAAAAUAGGUUAGUAAAAUAUAAAUAAAAAGCAAACACAGUAUCCUGACUGAAGCUGAGCUGUAUCCUAUCAGUUUAAAGUACAGCUACCUAUAUUUUUGCUGAAUUAAGAUUUUUUUCUCUUUUUUUACUACCAUGUAGUAAUCUUAAACUGUCUGUGUCAGUUAGAUGCUCUUGAAUGCUCUCAAUUCUACAAUGUAAAGCUUCUAUUUUGUAGUUGACAUGCUGUAACCUCCCUUGUAUAUAUUUAUUUAUUUGUGAGGUUAAAUAUGUCAAAUCUAUUUAGCUCUACAAUGUCUGUUCUUGUUACUUUAAAAUUAAGCUUCUGUUUCAUCAUAGAAGAGGGAAAAAAUAAUUUCUUAUAUAUGUUUUUUCCAAAUGCCUUGUGAAACAAUUUACUGUAGUUCUAUCUUUUACAAGUAUAAGGAAACACGUCAGUGUAAUUUGUAAUACUAGUCAGUGGAAUAUAGUAUAACAGGUUUAAAGAUGGACUAAAGUGGAAAGAAACAUUUUCAAGUAAACAUUCUCGAUGUUAGUGUUCCAAAUAAUUAAAGUCUUUUAAUAGUGAA